UGGCUAAAGGUGAAGCAGACGACAGUUGAGGCUUUCAGAUAAAAAAAUAUGCUGGAGUUUCCUCCUGGGUGUGGAGGACUGGAAGGGAAAAAGAGGAGAAUAGGAGGUGGAGUGACAGAAGAAUGGAUGUGAAAGCAGAGAUGAGAUCCUGACGGCUUGGAGUGAGCACUGAUGAGGACACUGUAACUAAAAGGAAAAUGAUCCCGUCCCCAUCUGUGCACAGAGGGUUCACUGUCCAACAAGUCUUUAAACUCAGUCGCUCAGCGGAGGAGAACGAAUGGAGGAAGUAACGACUGAAAAACGGAGAGAGAAGGACCGACAGAAAGCAGCACAGAGAGACAGGAAGAGGGACAGAGAUGCUGAAAGCUGUGGCCAGAAGACGGGGACAUGAUCUGGAGACACAGAUGAUCAGGAGACUUUAACCUCUGGGUCCAUCGUCAGUGGGAUCGUUCUUCCUCCGAUUACUGUAUGGCUGUUAAGUCUGCUAAGGGAUCCACCAGCAGUCCCGCAGACCUGCGGCGUGGCGACGGCACCACGCCAACCUGUGCCGGGCUCCCACCACAGCCUCGUCCAAAACGCUUAAUCAAAAGGGACACUCUCUCCACUUGGUCCCACAUGAAAAGGAAGCUGUUGGCCCACGCUGUGCACCUUGGCAGCUCGACAGAGAAGAACCCAGAUUGGUCGACUAUCCGCUACGCUGUGUGGACACUGGAGAGGAGGCCUGCGAUACAAUCUGCAUUUUCUAGCAGGUGCCAUUUCUAAGGAAACUGCUCCCCAAGGUGUCUGAGGCUGUGAUGAAGCAUAAAACCUGGAGCCUACAGGACCGAGUCACCACAUCAGAGACAAAAUGGAAAAAUGAGUCUGUGGACGUUACUCCGGGUAUACGUGGGGAUUUAGGAAUGUGGAGACCAGCAGCUACGUUACCCUCAAAUCGCCUGGGGCCCCUUCUUCAGAAAACUAUAAACCACUAACACAAACGCAAUGGGACGCUCGUCUGCGUCUCCAUGGUAACGUGGCGGACGCCCAGCCUCGGCGUUGUCGCGUUGAGUUGCCUGCAAGGGGGCGGAACCGCAGAGCAACGACGGGUCUUCGAUUUCUUUUCCUCUCCGUAAAGGCAAAAUCGAAGUCGAAGAUGCCAUUUCAUGACGGAGUCUACUACCCCUACACAAGUGACACCCAAGGGACCCAUUCGUCAGCAGGGAUCCCAUCCCUCCUCAAUUCCCCGCUCAGCCAGCCUUCUGUAAGCGGCCACCCGGUACCUGCACCAGGCAUGACUCCAUCCAGCGGAGCCUCCGCCGUUCUCCCCUUCAAGUUCCGUCCGCGCAGGGAGAGCGUGGACUGGCGGCGGAUUAAUGCAGUGGACAUAGACCUAGUGGUGAGCCAGCUGGAUGUGGACACCCUUCAGGAGCACAUCAGCACAGUGACCUUCUGCAGCUUGGAUGGGGAGCGAUGCCAGCGGUGCCAGAGCCCCGUGGACCCGGCUCUGGUCAAGCUCUUGCAGCUGGCCCAGCUCACAGUGGAGUGGCUGCUCCACUGCCAGGAAUUUCUCACCCUCAACCUGCGUGCGGCGGAGGAGAGGCUGGCGGCCGCAGGCAGGGAGCGAGAGCAGCUGCUGGCUCAGCAGAACAAGCAGGAGGAGAAGGUUAAGGCGCUGACCACCGAGCUCAAGCAGAGGAAGAAGGUUAUUCGCACCCAGCAGUCCCUCCUCACGCCUCGAAUCAUCAGCAGCCAGAAGUGUCCAUAUUGUGAAAAAUCCUUCCUCAAUUCCUCCUUUCUUCAGAAUCACAUUCAGCGUCGACACCCUGAUGAGUAUGAGAUCCAGCUACAGUCAGACAGUGAAAAGAAGUCUCAGAUUGAAAGCCUCAAAUUGGAGAUCAGCAGCUUGAAGGAGCAGAUUGUUCAACAGCAGCAGACCCUGCAAGCCAAAACAGCUCAGGAGAAAGAGCAGCAGUCCUUGCACAAAGACCUGCUACGAGAGCUGGACCGAUUUAAGGCUGAGGAGAUGGCUCGCAUGGACAGAAAGAUAGAGGACAGCAGGGAUGGCAUGCGCAGAGAGAUGGAGUUCCUGUACACCCGAAAUAUCCAGGCUCUCAAUGAAGCAAAUCAGAAUCAGACAGCCAAGCAUGAAAAGUCAGCCAGUCCUGUUCAGUCACAGCCCGAGAGAGACCUGGACAUCUACAAAGAGAUGCAGAUACAAGCCAUCCAGAAGCUGGAACACCAGCUGAAGAAACAGGAUAAAAAAUGGGAAUCCAGGCUACAAGAAAUUAAGGCUCAGCACGAGUCUGAAAAGAAUCAGUUGCUGAACGAGGUGAGCCGGAUGCAGUCGUCCGUGUCCGAGCACCAGGAGCGAAGCCAGAGGCUGCAGCAGGAGAUGGGGAGGAGGCUGCAGGAGAAGGAGCAAACCAUCAAGGCUCAGAGGGAGCAGAUAAGGAAUAUUUCCUCAAAUCCACCCACCAAAGUAGUGGAAGUACCAGUUCUAGUCAGCGCACCAGCACCAGAGCCCAAACCAAAGAGAGUUGUUCUCGAGGAGCCAGUGUUUGCUCUUAACCUGGAUCCUAUACAGGAGCUGUCAGAAGAGGAGAAAGACUCGAGCAGCAUCUCUGAGAGGAGGCCAGUGGAGAGGAAGCCUGAGCCUGUGCCAGAGAAGAAACAGAGGGUGAGCGCCAGUGCUCUGAAAAGGAACCCCAACAUCAAGAGAGAGAUGCGACCGGAGCUCGAGCAAGCUGUUACUAAGAGACUGGAGAAUCUGGGGAUCAAGCCUGAUCAGAGGGGUCUGAAGAACAAAGAGCUCCAGUCCAUCAUGGCUAAGGUAGAGUCAAAGCAGGAGAGCUAUGCCAAGGGGGUGCCUGAGUACUGGCGCCAACGGGAGGACAUAGCCAGCGCCGUGGAGCGGAAGCUGGGCAGUCAGAGGAGGGGCAGCGACCCUGCUUCAGAGUCACAGGCCAGAUCCAAACAGUCAGCUCAAGUGUUGCAGAUCCGGCCUCGAUCGAGCAGCCUUCCCUCCAGAGCCACCCAGGUGGUGUCUGGGCCUGCAGUCAAACAGUCCAAGACUCCCCAGCCAGCUCCAAGGACCAAGACCACCACCCAACCCAAGACAUCUACACCCAACAGCAAGGCCGCGCCGAGGGCCUUCACAACCAAGACUCCUCCUUUCAGUUCAGAUGAGGAAUCUGAAGAAGAGGACACAGAUACAGAGGAGGAACAGCCCCAGAAGCUCCAGAGGGACAAAUCCCCACAACCCAGGCUAAACCAGGCCACCCCGGUCCAAAUCAGAGCAAGCAAAGCCAGUCCGGUCCAGACCAGGCAUGCCGCCGCCAGGCAGUCCUUCUCCUCCAACCCCCAGCAGUCCCGAGGGUCAGUCGGCGCCGUGACCAAGACAGCGGUGACAAAGAUGGAGAGCGAUGAUGACGAGGACGAGUGGUCAGAGGUCAGCGAGCUACAGGAGAUUGACCCGAGACAGCUCCAGGGUUACAAAGACCAGAACGGCAACGUGGAUAAGAAGAACUUUGGUAAAGGUAAAGAGAACAAAAUCAAUGUCCUGGCCAGAAAAAUGGAGAAGCACUUUGAAGAGAGAGCAGUGAAGAAGCCACCAGGGGGCGUCAGCAUCUUGCUGGAGAAGAAAGAUGAAGUGCACGAACUCACGUACACAGAUCUGGAGGAGAGCAGCGAGUGGAUGGUCUCCUCCUUAGAGGACAGACAGGAAAUAUCCAAACCAGCACAGGGCUCUGGAUCACUGAGGAAGAGUCUGGACUCGCCCAGCACCAGCGUCUGGGGAACCUCCACAGGAAAAGGUCCCAAAUCAGCAGGUCUGACCGAGGCUGGAACAGGAAGCACCCUGAAGAGCACGCUGUGCUCCCUCAGUGACAUCAGCGACUCCGAGGAAAUUAGCAAUAAACACAGUAAACACUACAGCUGAUCAGGUGAUGUAGCGCUACACCAAGCACAGACACAGAAACCUCAGUCAGCCCCUCUGACACCUGCAGUCCACGCCAAACAGCCAUAUUUCAUACUUUUAUUACAUGGAAGCUGUAAUACAGACACGAGCAAUACUUAGCCAGAGGAAAGUUUGGUAUAGAAAAUCUAAUAAGUAUGUUAGAGAUAAAUGAGAUUACACUUUGACCUUUCCAGCCUCACCUCAUGCCUUGUGCCAAUUCUUUGCCAGCCUUACACCUGUCCAGUGUUUAUCUCUGAACUGAUUCUCUUUUGUGUUUUCAGCUAAAUAUAUAAGCCACACUCCUCGCAUGAGGUGCUGUGUGUAGUUUGUGUCAAAUGUUGUACAUCAAAUUUUAUAAUGUCUUCAUGUGCUAAAUGCGAUGUGAAUUUGUAUAGAAAAUAUUUAUACGAGCAAUAAAGGACUUGUUUAUGGAAUACAUACAUGCACAUUGUUACGUGGAACAUUACAAACCUGCUGCAUGUCAUCGAGGUUCUUUUCUGUCUUUUCUUUUGUUCUUUUCUUUGAGAAAAAGGCGGAAAAAGUGUUGCAGCUUCAUUUUCAAAGGCUGUAUGAUGAUAUAUUUCUUCAUGGCUUUUAGUGUUGUUGGAUUAUUUUGCUGGCGUUGUUCUGGAUCCCUUCAAAUACUGACCUUUAAAUUAUUUAUGUUAUCCAUGAUAACUCUUAUCAACAACUGGGAGGGUCUGACAGAAAAGUAAUAACGUCGAAAACAGUAAUGUGGGUGUGAAACAGGCAUUAAAGUGUGUUCUAUGUGCUGUUAGAAAGAUCUUAAUUUUUUGUGAACCCUGCAGAACUCCUGUAAUAAGGAGGCCAUGCAAGACUUUAUCAGUAUCAAAGAGGAAAAAGACAGUAAACGUCUGAUUGGAAGGCCGCAAGGUACAAAACAUUUCUGACAUAUCUCCUCCAUGAUUUUAGUAGGUAAAAAGAAAUAAGAAGCAACAAUAAACUCAUUGAAAUACAGCAGAAGAAUGAAGAUAUGUGUCCUCCCAGCUUUUAGGUCAGAGUUGUCUCUGCUAAAGGUCCCUCAAACACACACGGAUACAUGCAAUCCAACAACAAGCAAUAAUAUCGUAAACUAAAAUUGACACUGCAAUAAAACUCCUCGUCUUUCAUGAAUAAUUCUCAAUGGACAAUGUCAGAAAGUCACCAAAAAAAUGUGACAAAUCGUAGUUUUUACGGUGCCAUUUAUGUCAGCCUUUGAUAAUGAUGACUUAUACUCUUUAUCUAAUGUAUGCAACUGCUUUAUAAUGGCUUAUAAAACUGUCUCUUCUUGUUUCCUUUGAAAGUAUCCUUUUAGUUCAUGUUAUCCCAAGCAUCUACAGAUCAAAUGGGACUCGCUUCACGCGUUCACAGUCACUGUCGUCAGUCACACUGUGGCACAGAAGACAUAAAAUCCUCAGCGUCACUGCUUCAUUCUCAUUGGAUAACUCGGCUAUGAAACUGAUUUGUAUGAGUUUUUAUGGGGAGCGACAGCCGGGAUGCUUCCUGCCCUGACAGCUCCGGCCUGCUUGAAUUUAACUGGCUGUCGUGCAGAUGGCUGACAGGAUGUGAUGGGAUGAAUUUUAUUUUCUUUUUCAUCUUCAGAUAAACAUUGAAAGUAGCUUGUGCGUUUGUGUGUCGCAUAAAGCAAGUAAUACAUGUAUGUGUACAGAUUUUUUUAUGUAUACGUUUGAGAACACAGACACAGGGAAGUGUUAGACCAGUGUGAUUUAAUGCAA